GACUCCUGUGCACAGGAAGAAUGUCGAGGAACGGCCAGCGACAGAACCUGGUGGCCAUUAAGGAACUUGAGCUCAUCUUGGACUCCUGCACACUGGAGCUCACCCCUGUGGAUGAAGUCUGGCCCAACUUGUGCAUAGGAAAUGUGGCUGUUGCACAGAACAAAAACAAAUUACAUAAGCUCAGCAUCACUCAUGUCCUGAACGCAGCACACUCCAAGCAGGGCAGCAUCGGUGACCAGAGCUUUUAUGGGGACGCUUGUGUUUACUUUGGCAUCCCAGCGGAAGACUCAGACCGCUUUGACCUCAGCCAAUACUUCAAAUCUGCUGCCGACUUCAUUCAUAAAGGCCUGAAGAGCAAAGAUGGAAAAGUGUUGGUUCACUGCAUCAUGGGUGUGAGUCGUUCGGCCACUUUGGUCCUGGCCUACCUGAUGCUGAGGCAUCGUUUCUCUCUAAGAGAUGCUCUCAGACAUGUUGUCAAAAAGCGGGCCAUUUAUCCCAACCGGAACUUCCUGGCGCUCCUCCUACAGCUGGAUGAAGAGCUGAGCCGAAAAAGGACGCUGUGUCCUAUUCUCUGACACUAUUCUCUCUGUUUCAUUGGCCCUCGGUUGUUUUCAUGACCUCAGCAUGUGUUGCACUCCGAUUAAAUCACUUUAGGCAGUGGCUGUAAAUAGCACAUUUGUGUAAACUAAAAUAAGACAUUUGAAGUCUCUAUAUUUGUUUUUCUUUCCAUCAUCUCAUGAAUCUGUAAUCUGUAAUUUUGAUUUCCAGGUCCAGCAACAUGAUGUUAUGUAAUAACAGUUAGUGACGAUUAACCCAGAUCUUUUUUUUUUUUAUCAAUUUCUACAUGACGUUUGUUAGCUGGACUCACAUGGAUGCUGAAAACUACUGAUUAAUCAAUCAAUUAAUUAAUUUCCAUGUGCUCUACUUUACAUCUUGGACCAAAUAGAUAAAACGUUGCCCCAAUGUACGAACGCUGAACGUCUUUCCUGUGUUGUUAUUGUUUGUUUCUCAGUUAUAAAGUUGUGUGUUUGUGCUUUGAUGCAACAAAACGUCUUCGGAUGAAUCCCAAUGUCCCAAUAAACAAAUAAUAACUUUUGUUUUCAA